UUUCAUUAUCAAAUUGGCAAAAUGUUUUUUUAGUUUAUUUUUUAAAUUUUCUUUUCGUCAUUUUUUUAAUUUCACCAGAUUUUUCUUCCCAUUUAAAUUUUUUUUUAAUUUCUCUUCUACUUUUGUUAAAUCAAAAACAUUAAUUUAAAACUUCAAUUUUUCCAUUUCAGCAGUGCUCAUUAUUUUAACAUUGCUCACUUAUAUUUCUAAUCUAAUAAAUUAUUUAAAACAUGGUCAAGGAUACAACACCUAUUUGGGUUUCUCUACCUAUAAAUCUUGGAAGGAUUACUGACUUUGAAUGGCCUGACAGCGGAAAUGGUGGGACAAGUCCUUUGCUCUAUUCUGUUGGCGCUGCUGCUACGAUUGGUGCAAUGGGAUUGUGGUGGAUGUGGUCUUCGCGAACCUCUCCGUACCGUUUGACCCCGCUAGUUGACCCUGAAUCUCAGACUCGUGAACUCCCUGACGGCUCUCGAAUCUGCAAAUAUCUCAAAACGGAUGCACUUAUGCGCUUCAUUUACCAGGAUGCGACUACUCUUUAUCAAGCCAUUCGUCGGGGAUCCACUGUUUCUAAAAAUGGUCCUAUGCUUGGCUAUCGCUCAAAAACUGAAGAUUUUGAGCCAUAUGUCUGGCUUUCCUAUGAGGACGUCAUCUCUCGAGCUAGCCGUGUUGGACGUGCAAUAAGGACUCUUGAUAUUCCUAUUGGACAAGAAUCUUUCAUUGGAAUUUUCGCGAAAAACCGACCGGAAUGGGUUAUUGUUGAGCAGGCGGCUUAUUGCUUUAGCAAUGUCACUGUUCCGCUUUACGAAACGCUUGGCGCUGAUGCUUCGUCGUUUAUAAUUAACCAGACGAAUAUUCAGUUGGUGUUUUGCGAUUCUAUAGACAAAGUUAGGGGUCUUGUGGAGCGAAAAUCUCAGUGUCCAUCACUCAAGAAUAUCGUUGUUAUGUCUCCAGCUUCAGACGAAUUGACCGAAGAAUUUCGACGAUCUGUGGAGAAUGAAGGAAUUAUUUUGUCUAGUUUUGAAGAAUUUGAGGCGCGUGGUGAUUUGAAUGACAUUGCUGACCAACCUCCAACUCCUGAUGACUUGGCGACUAUUUGCUACACAUCAGGAACUACAGGUGUUCCCAAAGGUGUGAUGCUCACUCAUGGCAACAUCAUCGCUGAUUGUACUGCUUUGGACUAUUUCAAGAACGCAAACUUGAACAACAAAGAUGUGAUGAUGUCUUUCCUCCCUUUGGCACACAUGUUUGAACGAAUUUUGGAGACGGCCAUUUUUUGUGCAGGUGGAUCUGUUGGAUUCUUUCGUGGUGACAUCCGCCUUCUGGCUGACGAUAUUAAAGUUCUUCGUCCGACCGUCUUGCCUGUAGUUCCUCGUGUUAUGGCUGAAGCCAACAAAUCCGUGCUAACUCGUUUUAUCUUUGAUGCUGCAGUUGCGAUUAAAACUCGUGAAAUUAACAACUGGAUUAUUCGCAGUGAUUCUUUCAUUGACCAACAUAUCUUCAGAAAAGUUCGUGAAGGGCUUGGAGGGCGCGUUAAAUUGAUGGUUACAGGAUCUGCUCCUUUGUCAGAGACUGUUUUGACAUUUAUGCGUUGUGCUACUGGUGCAAUUGUUUGCGAAGGUUACGGGCAGACUGAAUGUGUUGCUGCUGCGACUGUGUCAAUAGAAGGAGAUCCAAUUCCUGGCCAUGUUGGUGUGCCUGCUCCUUGCAAUGCAAUCAAACUUGUUGACGUUCCUGAGCUUAAUUAUUAUGCAAGGGAUGGAUUUGGUGAAGUAUGCGUCAAAGGGACUAAUGUUUUCAAGGGAUACUACAAACAGCCCGAAUUAACAAAGGAGACCUUAGAUGACGAUGGUUGGCUUCAUACUGGUGACAUUGGUCGAUGGACUGCUCAAGGUGUGCUGAAAAUCGUCGAUCGUAAAAAGCAUAUCUUCAAAUUGGCACAAGGUGAAUAUGUGGCCCCUGAGAAAAUCGAACUUGUCUAUAUCCGCUCGAAAUAUGUGGCUCAAUGCUUUGUUCACGGAGAAAGCUUGAAAACUUGCCUUAUUGCUGUUGUCGUUCCAGACUUUGAUGUUCUUCCUAAUGCUGUUUCAGCCGAACUUGGGAUUGCGGGCAAGAGCAUCCAGGAAUUGUGUAUGGAUGAGAAGGUUAAGAAGUUGAUUCUAGACGACAUCCAAGCACUGGGGAAGAAGGCAGGAUUAUCUUCAUUUGAACAGGUGAGGGAUAUCUAUCUUCACUAUGAGAUGUUCACUGUUGAGAACGAUCUGCUUACGCCUACUCUUAAGAGCAAAAGGCCACAGCUGAGGACGCAUUUCAAGUCAAAACUUGAUGGAAUGUACAUGAAGUUGCAAUAA